AUGUACGACCCCGCGCUGCCGUUGACGUGGAGCAUACAGGGAAUCUCAGAUGAUGGUUCGAACAACAUAUUAAUUGUCCCAAAAACUCAUGAAGGCUUAGAUUUCCCUCCUCUUCAUUUGUUUUGCAUACUGGAUGAUGACAGCGAAUCCCGAGCUCUAUCGCAGGCGUGGAAGACCCACGAUCAGCCUGAGGCUACAAGCGCCCGCGACAAUAUGCUAGAAAUCAUUGCAGCGCGACUGACCAACUGGAGCAAUUCAAGAACCUUUCGACAACUCUUGAAGAGAAUCACAAUCGGCUCUACGAUUCACAUAUCGUCCAUAUCAGUCCCAGAAAAAGGAGCGGCGAUGUGGCUUGCACCCAAUCUGGCGUUGCAAGAACGAUAUUUGACUCUGCAUCGUCUGUCUAGCCUAUGGGCCUCUUAUUCGCUAGAUCUUCCACCAGUUCUUGAUAUCCAACAGAUACAAACAGUGAGAAGACUGCAUGAUUCCGUGUCCCUUGUUACGACUCCGAAUGAGCCCCUCGUGGUUUUCAAGGGAGCUGUUUCUGUGAUAUCUCGGAUGUACCAUGAGUUAAGGGAACUUCUUCGGAUGCCACACCAUCCCAACGUGAUAGGGAAACCUCGAUAUAUCGUGACCAGGGAAAUACAGGGAGUCGAAGAGUCAGUCGUUUGUGGGUUUAUACUAGACUUUCACUCUGGAGGCACACUUCUCGAUAGGCUAUCGUAUCCCUCACAAUAUCCCCCGAUCACCAUUAAAGACAAGCUCAAGUGGAUUCGACAGAUAUUACAAGCUCUCCAACACAUUCACUGCCCUGGCGGCAGUUUCUAUCCUGAGCUGAGAUUGGAGAACAUCGUGUUAUCAGACAAUAACGACAUCAUUUUGGUAGACCUGGAGCAAUUUGGAGGACCCGAACGGUGGCUUCAUCCGCGCCUUGGAAGAAUAAAUGAAGCAAUUCAUGAUACAUGGGAGCACAGUCGCGUCAAUCCUUGUUCUAUGUCACCAAGUAUCUUCUACUCCAACCCAACGGCAGGCUACAUGCUGCCUUUCGCUAGAUCAUCCGACUUGCAAAGACAGACAUUCGAAAACUACAGUCUUGCCAAGGUAAUGUGGUGCAUCUUUGAAGAGCAAACAAACUCAUCGACAAGACUUGACGACAACUCUACUUUACACCCCGGUGUGACACAAAUCAUGUUUCCGCAGUUUGUGAAGACGCCGGAAAAGAUGAAAUAUUGGAUCUGGCUCUGCACACGUUCAAGUCGUGAAUGGGGUGACAUGAGGUGUAGAUGUGAAGAUCAUCAGUCAGAUAUUUGUGAGCACCUGGGUGCGAAGCUUCAGAAAACCAACUUGGCUUAUGUAAGUCUGAAGGAGACUGAGGAAUAUUUGCAUUCAGUGUUCGACGAUUUGGAUACCUUGUGA